AUGUUCCGUUCCUUAAUUUCUGGUUUACCGACGAUCAUCUUCAGAAAGAACCAUGACACUGCCACUUUUACAAGGUAUUUGGUUCGUCUUAAGUCACUGGUUGGAACCAUUUCGAGUUCCCCUUGCUCAGUAGAAAACACGACGAUUACACAUUUUUCGAGUUAUCUUGGACGUGUAAACAAGCUAUAUCCUUAUUUGGAGAAAUAUGUCCCAAAUUUGUCAUGUGGAACUAACCUUGUCAAUUCCUUGUGUAUAAGAAGACCAUAUCUUUUGGGACCUCAUAGUGUGACCAUGGUAAGGGGAUAUGCUAGACAUGCAACUAUUGCACCAAUAGAGCUGAAUACAGAUGGAGACGUUAUCAGAUUUAACAUGGGGAAUCAGAGUCCCGAAGGGGCACCUUCAAAGAAAGCGAGAGUAGACAAAAGAAAAUCCGAAUUGUCGAGAAAGGCAAAGCUCAAUGAACUUAGGUUUUAUCGACUGAAAGCGAAGAAGAAAAUGAAUUCUCCCAAUCCUGAUGUUAGAAUACGAUACAAGCUUGAAAAGGCAAAGAGAAAAGAAGCAUGGUUGAUUGAGAAACUGAGGAAAUAUGAGCUGCCCAAAGCACCACCCGAGACCUACGAUCCCGAAAUAUUGACCGAGGAGGAAAAGUUUUACCUCAAGCGUACAGGCGAGAGAAAGAAACACUAUGUUCCAGUCGGUAGACGAGGUGUAUUUGGAGGUGUUGUUCUUAAUAUGCAUCUACAUUGGAAGAAUCAUGAGACGGUGAAAGUCGUCUGCAGACCAUGCAAGCCCGGGCAGGUGCAUCAGUACGCAGAGGAACUUGCUAGGUUAAGCAAAGGCAUCGACAUCGACAUAAAGCCAAAUAAUGUGAUAAUAUUCUACAGGGGUAAAAAUUAUGUCCAACCGGAUGUCAUAUCGCCUACAAAUACUCUGUCCAAAGCAAAGGCUCUGGAGAAAUAUAGACAUGAGCAGUCAUUGGAGCAUACAAGCCAGUUCAUUGAGAAGUUGGAGAAUGAACUGGAAGAAUAUCAUGACCAUCUUGCUCGGGACGAAGGAUUGGGGUUCGUUUAUUCUCUUCUGCAUAUCCUCACAUGUCAGGGCCCUCUAUACCAGCAACGGCCAUACCCGUCACCGGGGGCAGUAUUACGGAGCGGUGCUGUGGCGGUUGACGACGAAGGCGAGGAUGAGCGCCUCCCAGGUGCCCUAGGAGGGGGAGGCGCCACCAUCUGUCGUCACUUCCCACGCGACGCUUUUCGGGCCUUCAUCGAGGCGGUGCAUACCUCGUUGCCGAGGUCGUCGGCGGCUGUGAUGACCCUAAGAGAGCCCAGGGUCGCAUCGAUUCAGAUGCCGGCGUCAGAACGGACAGGGAAUUCCAUCACCUUCGCGAAGGCCCUGCAGUGGAGAUGGAGGCGAGCAUCAUGGACGGUCGCGACUGGCGAUGCGGCGCCGUCUCCGACGGACUGCCGUGAAAGCACCGGCAAUAGGAAUUCGAAUUUGUAG